AUGGACGUCUCCUCUGCCUUGAUCAACACCCAAAGCCCCGACGUCGCGCUGCGGCAACAGGCCGAAGAGUUUUUGCACAAUGCACUGCAGCAGCAGAUGGGACAGCUCAUGGUGACGCUCGUCCAGGCGCUGGCGGCCGAAGACUUUGCCGUGGUGGGCCGCCAGGCCGCUGGUCUCUACCUCAAGAACGUGCUGGACGCCAAAGACAGCGCGCUGCAGCAGCAGAAGAUCAACGCGUGGAUGGCCAUUGACCCGACGCUGCGCACGCUGAUCAAGGACGGCGCGCUCAGUGUACUGCAGUCGAGCAACGCCGUGGCGCGUCACACGAGCGCCCAGUUGGUGGCCAAGAUUGGCAGCAUUGAGCUGCCUGCCAAGCAGUGGCCGACGCUGCUCGAGUCGCUGCUGCAGAACGUGACCAGCAGCAGCGAAGGCUGCAUCCACGCUACGCUCGAGUGUCUCGGCUACCUGGGCGACGAGCUGGAAGAGAACACCAUUGACGAGCAGGAUACCAAUCGUAUCUUGACGGCCAUUGUGGAUGGCAUUCGUGCUAACCGGCCACCGGCUAUUCGCCUUGCGGCCGUGACAGCCUUGCGGAACAGUCUCGAGUUUGUGAGUGAGAACUUCAAGCGCAAACAAGAGCGCGAUCACCUGAUGCAAAAGAUCUGCGAAGCAACACAGUCUUCGGAUCUGCGGACCCGAGUGGUAGCGUGCGAGUGCAUCGCUGCUAUUGCAACAAUGUACUACGAAUACCUCGCAGAGUACAUGGAGACACUGUGCAAGCUGACGUUCAACGCCAUUACAAGCGACCAGGACGAAGUGGGCCUGCAGUCGCUUGAAUUUUGGUCGUCUAUGUGCGAUGUGGAGCUCGACCUGAUUGAGGAAAUGAACUACGCAGAGCUCGAGGGCCGCACUGAUUUCGUUCCCUGCAACUAUUACGUGCAGACGGUGUUGAGUACGCUCAUCCCACUGCUCACGGAAACGCUCAAGAAACAGGAGGAUGACCAGGACGAAGACUCGUGGAAUCUCUCGAUGGCUGCCGCAACGUGCCUUGCUCUGGUGGCUCAGGUGGUUGGUGAUGCCUGUGUAGACCUCACCAUGACGUUCAUAACGCGAAACAUUGAGAGCAACGAAUGGCGGUCGAAAGAGGCCGCUAUCAUGGCGUUUGGCUCGAUUUUGGACGGCCCCGACUCGGCCAAGAUUGCUCCGCUUGUGCGUCAGGCGUUUGGCUUCCUGAUGAGCUGCAUGAAGUCUGACAACAUCUUGGUUCGCGACACAACGGCCUGGACGCUCGGCCGUAUUUGCGAGCUGCACUACCGAUGCAUCAGUGGCGAGAUGUUGCCUGGACUGAUGCAGCUCCUGCUUGAAGGGUUGGACCAGGAACCGCGUGUGUCGCACAACGUUUGUUACGCCAUCCACAAUAUCGUAAAAGCCUUCGAGGAGUCGGUGGAAGCUGCGCAUAUGCUGACCCCGUACUUCAGUACACUGUUUGACAAGCUGCUCGAAACCAGUCAUCGACCAGACGCUAUGGAGAGCAACUUGCGCGGGUCAGCGUACGAGGCCUUGAAUGUGUUGGUGCAGGCUGGCGCUGAUGAGGUAAACCAGCACAUCGUGUUGCGUCUCCCCGUGGUGCUGGACCGCCUGGAACAAAGCAUCAAGACGGUGGUCGAGAACCCAGAGCGCCUUCAGGACGACCAAACCGGUCUGCAGGCAUUGUUGUGCAGCGUUUUGAUUGCUGCCAUCCAGAAGCUGAAUACCGAUAUCGAGCCGUUGGCAGACCGCAUCAUGCAGGCGCUUCUACAAGUGUUCUCCACGCGGAAUGCUGCUGCUGCAGAAGAAGCUUUUAUGGCCGCAGGAGCUCUGGCCAAUGUCGUUGGUCCCAAGUUUGAAGUGUACAUGCAGUACUUUGGCCCAGUGUUGCUGAUGGGCUUGAAGAACAGCGAGGAGUAUAUGGUUUGCAGUGUCGCGGUGGGUGUCGUGGGUGACUUGUGUCGUGCUCUAGAGAGCAAGAUCCUGCCGAUGUGUGACGAGAUUGUGGCUGCUCUGGUCGAGGUUCUGAACAACCCCUUGCUCGACCGCUCGGUGAAGCCACCAGUCCUAUCUUGCUUUGGCGACAUUGCGCUCGCUGUUGAAGGCGAUUAUGAGCGCUAUACGGCGUCUUCGCUUCAGAUGAUUCUACAGGCCGCAGACGCGUGCGGAUCUGUUGCGACGGACGACGAGGAAGUGGUGGAGUAUAUGAACCAGCUGCGCGAAAGUGUGCUAGAGGCGCUGACAGGUAUUGUGCAAGGCCUGGGAGCUGCCAACAAGGCGACUGUGCUAGUGGAGUGCGCGCCACAGAUUGGAGCUUUCCUGGCCACGCUGUCGAACGACCUUGCAACGCGUUCGGACGCUGUGACAACGGGGGCGGUGGGACUAAUUGGCGACAUGGGCCAAGCGCUGGGCAAGGCAGUGGAGACGGUGCUCCACCAGCAGUUUGCGGUACAGCUCGUGAGUGAGUGUGCAAACAACGCGCAGAACCCGCAGGCGCAGCAGUUGGCAGCGUGGACGCAGAAAGUGAUCAUGGACUUGCAGUCGAACUAA